AUCGAGGAUAAAGCCAGCUUCUGCCCAGAGCUGACACGCACACACACAAACAAACAUACACACACAGUCGCAGCCAGCCUAUGUGUGUGUGUAUGGGGACUGAGCAGAGCAGCACAUGCAGUCCGCUGCCGGCAGCAGCGCAGAUGUGGCACUGAAGUUUGUCUUCUGCAACUCUUCCCACUUUACCGAGUCUUGGGCGGACAUUACACUUGGACUGCUGAGCAUUUGGGAGCACUUUCAGCGGUCUCCACUCAGCCUUCAUUGCUCCAGAGAAAAGAAUCCAAGUCUAUCCAACCUCUCCUUUAUAGCCAUUAACUUCUAAUCCAGGCAGCAUUCAGCUGCCGUGAGUGUUAUGACACGUCCAGAGCUGCCCUUCCCCCCGUGAGCGUAUGAUGAUGAGGAUUUGUUUACCACCAUCCUUGGACGUUGUUUACUGGUGUGACUUGUAAUGGGAAGGAACCCCCGGGCAACUGGGCAAACCAUCUGAGGGCCUGCUUGGCGUGAUGAGCAAGUUCAACUUCCAGAACAACAAAGUAAUGCAAGACCGACGGAGCGUUUGUGUCUUCCUUCCCAACGACGAGGCUCUUAACAUUAUUGUCAAUGUUAGAGCCUUGUGCCAAGAAUUAUUCAUUCAAGUCUGUGACCUUCUAAGGCUUAAGGACUGUCAUCUUUUUGGCCUCAGUGUCAUACAAAACAAUGAACAUGUCUACAUGGAGCUGAUGCAGAAACUUUAUAAAUAUUGCCCAAAGGAAUGGAAAAAGGAAGUGAGCAAGGGCAUUGACCAGUUUGGACCACCAAUGAUCAUUCACUUCAGGGUUCAGUACUACGUGGAGAAUGGCAGAUUGAUUGGCGACAAAACAGCGAGAUACUAUUAUUACUGGCAUCUCCGGAAACAGGUCCUCCAGUCCCAGUGCAUGCUUCGUGAAGAGGCAUACUUUCUCCUUGCUGCCUAUGCCUUGCAAGCGGACCUAGGAAACUACAAACGCCACAAGCAUUAUGGGAAAUACUUUGAGCCUGAAGCUUACUUCCCCCCUUGGGUGGUUACUAAGCGGGGCAAGGAGUACAUUUUGAAACACAUUCCAAAUAUGCACAAGGACCAGUAUGCACUUACAGCCACAGAAGCACAUCUCAAAUACGUCAAAGAGGCUGUCCAGUUGGAGGAUGUAGCUGUUCAUUAUUACAGACUGUAUAAGGAUAAGAGAGAGAUUGAUGCCUCACUGAUGCUGGGUUUAACCCUUCAAGGACUUCAGAUAUUUCAGGUUGUGGGCGAGUCGAAACAGUUGUUGUAUGAUUUUCCUUGGACUAACGUUGGCAAGCUUGUGUUUGUGGGGAAGAAGUUUGAGAUCUUGCCGGACGGCUUGCCUUCAGCCAGAAAACUCAUUUACUACACGGGAUGCCCCACGCGCUCCAGGCACCUGCUUCAGCUCCUCAGUAACAGCCAUCGCCUCUACAUGAACCUGCAACCUGUCCUACGACAGGUCAGGAAACUGGAAGAGAAUGAAGAAAAGAAGCAGUACAGGGAAUCAUACAUCAGUGACACCAUGGAGAUGGACAUUGAGCAUCUGGACAAGCGAUCACGAGCCAGUGGCAGCAGCGCGGGCAGCAUGAAGCACAAACGACUCUCCAGGCACUCCACAGCCAGCCACGGCAGCUCCCACACCUCUGGCAUUGAGGCGGACGCCAAGCACCGGGACCUGGGGCCGGAGGACAGCUUCAGCGCCCACAUCCUGCACCGGAAGCUCAAGUCCUGCAGCUCAACGACAAGCCACGGCAGCUCCCAUACCUCGGGCGUGGAGAGCGGAGGGAAGGACCGGAUGGAGGACGACUCGCAGGAUGACGAAAUAGAAAUGCUGGUUGAUGAUCCCAAGGACCUGGUGCAGAUGAACGAGCUGACUCCUGACGUUAGUGCGGACAUGUGUAUUCACAUCACCGAGGAGAUGCUGAUGUCACAGCAGCUGAACGGACAUUCUGGAUUAAUUGUACGUGAGCUGAGUUCCUCAACGUCUAGUUCUUCAGAAACAGUGGUGCGACUUUAUGGUCAAAGCAUAGAUUCGUUACCACAGCCUGUGUGCAGAAAACCAAAGACCUCCUCAGACCGGCACAGCCAGAGCUUGGAUGAUAUCCGUCUUUACCAGAAGGACUUUCUGGAGAUAGCCACCCUUGGCCAGGACACUGCCCAGAGCUACACAUUCGGCUGUCACCUGAGUGAGGAAGGGGAUUGUUGUAAUCGCUGCUUGGCCGAGCAAUACAGUUCAACAAAGGAGACAUUCAUCGUCAAACGAACGAGCAAAUAUUCCUCUCUGGACCUCACGGCUGAUGAUUCUGUUCCUGAAUUUGUAGUUUGAGCAUUAAGCUUUAGUCAAUGCAUUGUGUAAUGAACUGUAAGCCCGGCUGCCUACUGCAUUCACAAUGACCUUCCAAAGCCAUGACUGACACUUAUGUCGAGCUGACAAUCUUUUUAAUACAGCUUUCCAAUAAACAGCCAGUUUAUAUUCUGCAGUUCUUCCAUGUUUCUGGAGAAAAGCAGCUGACAAAGCAAUGGACGCCAAGAAGCCAAAGAAAAAUGGGAUCUGAGAUGUAUGUUUAUGCAAGUCCAAUGAAGAAUGUUCAGCUAAAGCAGGCCCGUGAGAACUCUGUGGAGGAUCAAAUCCAUCUUGUUCAGUAUUACACAAACAGAUCUUUCUACAGAACAUCUUUCAGCCAAGCGGAAGGGUCCCAAAUGUUAUAAUUUAGUGGAACUUUAGUUUUCUGAACACUUGUGUGUUAGAGGCUCCAUUUUCUGUUGUUGAUCAACUCCUUCCACUAAAAUGUCAACAAGACCUUGGUGCUGUGAACCUUAGUCUUGUGCUCCUGUACCUUUCCUUCCUGGUCAGUUGUAUGUGUAUGCAAUGACAAUCAGAAGAGCUUCUCUAUUCAAGUACCCCCAUGACCGUUGAUAAUAUAAGACAUAAAAUAGAAAAUUACGGUCACUAUGGGACGUCAUGUGACUUGUUGAUCUGAACACAUGUACAUUUGGGAGCAGAGGCUGGGUUGAAAUUUGCUCCAAUUAGUUGGUCGAUUCCAGAUACUAUAAAGAUGCAUGUUAGAUGUAUUGAUAGUGUCUGGAGUUGAGAAGCAGGGUGAAUUCACAAGUGAAGCUGGUGCAUUGCCAGAUAGCCUCACUAAGUUUCAGUGUACCAAGGAGCCGAUUCACACAUCGAGGAGUUUUGAAUACAAAAUGUGUGGUAUUGAGAUAUUAUUUUUGUUUGUAUUUGUCAUGCAGUGCCCAUCAGGAGAGAGGUUUGUCCUUGUUCACCUGCGCUGAAUGUUUAAUGUUGUACUUUUUGUGAUUUGUUUCCAUUGAGUUCGCCCACUUCUGUUUUGUCCACAUAAGGAGGGAUGAAUAUCUACCCCCAUCCCUAAUGUUAUGUUUCUCAAGGCUAGACGCAAGGAACUGCAGUUGCUGGUUUUCAAUAAAAAAAAGUGCUAGAAUAAGUCAGUGGGUCACGUAGCAUCUCUGGAGUAUAAGGACAGGCAGCAUUUCAGAUCGGCACAUACUGUUGUGUCUGAUCUGAUGGAGAUUAGUUUAUUAACCAUCGUUCUGUUCACUAGAGCAUGGUUUCAAUGGUUUCGACAGUAAAUACGAUGCAAAAUAGUACGUCGGGCAAAUGCUCAUUUCAAAUAUCAGUGUUGAGAAUGCCAAGACAAAAAUGUCUCGCGUAAGUGAAGGGACGGAUUGCGAUGGAACAGUCUCUGAGGCUCUUAGUGUCCGUCAAGCUUUGCUCCUACUACAGGUGUGAUCGUUGACGAGGGGAUUAUUGGAAUAGGAAAUCUUUUCACUUUUAUUAAGACGGAGUGGUGUUUACAAAGAGGCAGAAAUAAGAACAAGUUUGCUUUGUGAGGCAAGGGAGCUUGGUACCAAAUAGCUGACUUUUCAAUCUGACCGACUUUUGCCAAUACAUUAAUGGUUACCAUAUUUUAACAUUUAGCUGUGUUUUUUGCGACUGGAAUAGUUUCUUAAAAUAUUUUUUGAUAUAAAACUUGUUUUUAUCUGUAUUUUUUAUAUAAUGGAUAUUUUUACAAGAAAUUAUAUUAAUCGAAUAGCUGUUAAGUGCAGUGCAAUUUUGAGCAGUAUUAUGACAAUCGUUCACAGGCGUGGAAGCAGUAUUAUAAACUGUGGAGUUGACAGUUCGAGACGUGUUAAAUACGGAAUUUCUGGACUACUCUUUCCCCUUCUCAUACGUGUGCUGAGGAUUUCGGCAGAGAUUGAGAAUCAUGAUGUUACUUCAAAGGAAAAAAGUUGUUGACUUAUUUUUGAAGUGUAAUUGAACAAAAGUGACCACAAUCAAUCAAUUUGUAAUCGAUAAUGUGUAGCAAGCGGACCGUUGAUCGAGGCAUGUUGUACUCUAUGACCAAAAGGACAAACUUGAGGAGAUUAUCAGUCUUGUGGACUUUCAUUUACCCUCUGUAGUAUUAGAAAUAUCCUAAUAUUGUCAUUUGAAUGAAUAAUCGAGUAAUUCUAAGUCGUAUUCACAAAAUGUUAUUAUUGGGAAUUGAUUUUUUUAAAUGUAUCCUGUGUCUGCAAGAACAAAUCAGAAACUGGGCAUUCUGCGAUGAUUGACGUGUUGGGAAUAUAAUCCACUGGGUGGAUGAGUGGUGUUCCAACAACAGUCAAGAUGUUUGAUGUGAUUCAGAACUAAGAAGCCCACUUGAAUAGUGAACCACUCACCAAGUUGACCAUUCACUUCCAUCACAAUCUACAAGAAGCACUGCUUUUCAUCAAGGUUUCUCCAACCACAUCUUCUAUCACCACUAAACUCAAGCUUCCCUUCCAUGGAACUCGUCUCUUCUGCUGGAGAACACCUUCACGAUUCUUCACUUUCAUGGGAAUGUAGUCCUAGAACUUCCCUUCCUGUGGAACUAUCUACAAGACACUAAAUGCAAUGGCUCAAGAAGUCAGCUCGCCAGAUUCUCAAGGGCAUUUAUGGAAUUGGCAAUAAAGUGUCUGUUCUGUUGAUAAUUAAAAUAAAACAUUUUCUAUGGUUCACAUCA